AUGUCCACUCAAGCCGUGGCAUUUGACUGGCUCCCUCAGGAGGUGAUGGAGAACAUUGCCUUCUUUUCAGCAACCAUGACGGAAGUAGGACCUCCCUCUGAUCUACUCUCUUUACUUCUAAGUUGCAGGAGUAUACAUGGCGCUUUAUCGCCCGAGACAAACCCACAUCUUUGCGCGCGCAUAUUUGAGCAUAAAUUCGAUCUCAGUGCCGCCGUUCGUCGUCUGGGCCCACAAAUCGCUACACCUGUCACCCUAUCGAAGGAGUUGCGCAAGAGAUUCGAUUACAUGAAGCGGAUGCGGGCGCGAACAGAUUCUCGAGUUUGUGCGCCAGAUACGUCAAAUUCGCAGAUCCUUGGCGAGUUGCUUUGGCUCGCCUACCUGAUGAUGCUCGAAAACGACGGAAAGAAUGUCAAGCAACUGAGGGAAUACGCAGGGAUGGAGCAAUGGUUAAUGGAGUAUUGGUUCGAUGAUAACGGUGCAUCGCUCGCCGGGAAGGCGCUCUUGGAAGAUGAGUGGCCGCUCGAUAAUGAGCACAAUUCUCUGGCGAUGUGGUUAUUUUGGUUACUUCUUAGACCCGACCGGUUUCAGCGUACGGAAAGGAACUAUCGGACUUUAGCAACCGUUUUGAAACCAACUGCUCUAGCAGCGCACAAGUAUAACAUUUGUCAAACCCCAUGGGCGGACUUGGUUCCCAGGUCCUGUCCACUCGAACCUACGCGCGUACACCACUAUUCUAGUUUAUAUCACAUGAUUCCACCGACGAUGGCUACACCUGCAAUUCUCUCCUACCUCAGCUUGAUGGGUCCCCUUAUAGGUCCAACACGAGAUGUCUACAAAGGACCGCAUACACCAAACAACUUUCCAUCCUCUCUGAACCAGAGUUUUGAGUGGGAGCCUGAUUGGCAGAGGUGCACGAAUCUCGCCAAAAUUCCUCUCUCCAGCGAAUUCUCGGGCGCAUUUAUACCCGGUAGUUUGCAAGGUGUAUGGGAAGGUAUCUUUACGUACACAGAAUUCACUACCUACGAGGAGCUGCUGUUUGGACAUCCCCCUUCAACUCUUCACAAUUGUAUGGUUGCGCAGCAUCGUCAAACAUGGAAGUUGCGAGAGUACCACUUGAUGAUCUCCAGGGAUGGUGAUGGCAUCGCCACCGGCGCGAAAUCGCCAUCACUAAGCUCGGGUAAUCCGCUCAAGGCGUUCGUUCCACCUGGCAUCCGCAUUCACGAGCACUCAAGCAGUGCAGAGGUACACGAGCCUGGGAAAAUGACUCCACUGUCCUACAGGCGGCCGUCGACUUGUGACUCGGAAGAGGCUGAGGGCUUCGAGUUCCUGAAUAUCCAAGACAUCAUUGUCGUCGGAGAGGGUCAUUCUGCUUGGGGUCAAUUCAAUAUUCUUGGCCGGGUACGAGCUUGCGACGGCUUCGUUAGUCUUAUGAAGGAAUAUGUCGGAGGCGAUCGAGGUCAAUGGCUUUAUCGUGGCUAUCUGGUUGGUAGCAUCAACGGGAGUUUCUCCGGGCGCUGGCGCGAAACGCUCAGUCUCCCAAAUAUCAAUGGUUAUGAGGGCUGUUUCGUCAUGAGUAGGCGGGAAUGA